AUGGCACCAGCUACAAUUAUCUGUAUUGGUAUGGCCGGGUCUGGUAAGACCACGUUCAUGCAAAGAUUGAACUCCCAUUUACAUACUAAAAAGACUCCACCUUAUGUGAUCAACUUGGAUCCAGCUGUUUUAAAAGUUCCAUUUGGUGCCAACAUUGACAUCAGAGAUUCUGUCAAAUACAAGAAGGUUAUGGAAGAAUACAACUUAGGUCCAAACGGGGCUAUUGUAACGUCACUAAAUUUGUUUCUGACCAAGAUUGAUCAAGUGAUCAAGUUGGUUGAAAAGCGUGCUGAUUCAUUUGAAAAUGUCAUCAUUGAUACUCCAGGUCAAAUUGAAUGUUUCAUUUGGUCCGCUAGUGGAGCUAUUAUUACAGAGGCCUUUGCCCUGACUUUUCCCACUGUUAUUGCAUACAUUGUAGACACUCCAAGAAACUCAUCUCCAACCACUUUCAUAUCCAAUAUGUUGUACGCAUGUUCCAUUUUAUACAAGACUAAACUUCCUAUGAUUAUUGUUUUCAACAAGACUGACGUUCAAAGCGCGGACUUUGCCAAGGAUUGGAUGACUGAUUUUGAAAGCUUCCAACAAGCCUUAUCUCUGGAUCAAGACUUGAACGGUGAAGAUGGAACUUCAUCUGGAUACAUGAGUUCAUUGGUGAACUCUAUGUCUCUUAUGUUGGAAGAAUUCUACUCCCAAUUGGAUGUGGUAGGUGUUAGUGCGUACACUGGUAAUGGGUUUGAUGACUUUAUGAAUGCAGUAGACAACAAGGUAGAUGAAUAUAAUGAAUUUUACAAAGCUGAAAGAGAAAGAAUAUUAAAGAAGAAGGAAGAUGAUGAAAAGCGAAGACAAACAAAAUCUCUUAAUAACUUGAUGAAAGACCUUGAUCUCAAGGAUGGGAACAAGGAUUCAGAAGUGUUAUCAGACUACGAAUCGGAAGACGAUAAGGAUGUCCAAGGUGAGCUUUUAAGAGAUGAAGACGAACCAGAAAGAGAAUACACAUUCCCAGAAGAUAGAAACUCCGAGUUGGACCCUGUGACAGAUUCAGACUUGCAAUCUCGUUACCAGGAAGCCUUUGAUGCCACUGCAAAGACUGCUUCUUCCAAGACAGCUGAAGCCAUUGCUCAAUACAUUAGACGUCAAUAG